AUGAGCAUCACCAAGCUCGCUGGUGGAGAGAUACUAUUCUUCUUUCGUCCAUUCUCAGCUGACCCAAAGGUACAGGUGGUGAUUUCUGUGGCUUUCCUGGUGAUGUACCUGACCAGCCUCAGUGGAAAUGCCAUCAUUGCAGUUACUGUCCAGAUCAACUCUCUCCACGCCCCCAUGUACUUUUUCCUGGCUAACUUGGCAGUUCUGGAAAUCUUCUAUACAUCUUCCAUCACCCCACUGGCCUUGGAAAACCUUCUUUCAAUGGGCAAAACUCCUGUUUCUAUCACUGGAUGUGGCACCCAAAUGUUUUUCUUUGUCUUCUUGGGUGGGGUUGAUCGUGUCCUGCUUGCAGUCACAGCUUAUGACCGGUUUAUAGCAAUCUGCUACCCUCUACGAUACACCCUCAUCAUGAGCUGGCCCUUGUGUGUGGAGUUGAUGGUAGGAUCCCUGGUACUGGGGUUCCUGCUGUCGCUACCACUGACUAUUUUAAUCUUCCAUCUCCCAUUCUGCAACAACAGCGAAAUCUACCACUUCUACUGUGACAUGCCUGCCGUCGUGCGCCUGGCUUGUGCAGACACGCACGUUCACCAAACUAUCAUCAGCUUCAUCGUCCUAAGCAUCCCCCUCUCAGUAACCUCCAUCUCCUACGUCUUCAUCGUGGAAGCUAUUUUACAGAUCCAGUCAGCAGAAAGGCACCACCGAGCCUUCCCCAAUUGCUCUUCUCACAUCUUAGUGGUCCUCCUGCAGUAUGGCUGCACCAGCUUUAUAUGCUUGUCCCCCAGUUCCAGCUACUCUCCUGAGAUGGACCCGGUGGUGUCUGUGGUCUACACUUCUAUCACUCCCAUUUUAAACCCCUUGAUCUAUAGUAUGAGGAACAAGGAAUUGAAAGAUGCCCUAAGGAGGGCACUAAGCGCGUUUUAG